AUGUAUGGUAUUCAUCCACCAGCGUAUGGUACUGAUCCACCAGCGUAUGGUACUGAUCCACCAGCAUAUGGUCCUCAUCCACCAGCAUAUGAUCCAAUGGAGCGGCUGCCACACAUCAAUGACAGGUACACAUCAAUAAGAGGGUCUCAUCAACAACAGGAACACAUCAGUGACAGGUACACAUCAAUAAGAGGGUCUCAUCAACAACAGGAACACAUCAGUGACAGGUACACAUCAAUAAGAGGGUCUCAUCAACAACAGGAACACAUCAGUGACAGGUACACAUCAAUAAGAGGGUCUCAUCAACAACAGGAACACAUCAGUGACAGGUACACAUCAAUAAGAGGGUCUCAUCAACAACAGGAAUACAUCAGUGACAGGUACACAUCAAUAAGAGGGUCUCAUCAACAACAGGAACACAUCAGUAACAGGUACACAUCAAUAAGAGGGUCUCAUCAACAACAGGAACACAUCAGUGACAGGUACACAUCAAUAAGAGGGUCUCAUCAACAACAGGAACACAUCAGUGACAGGUACACAUCAAUAAGAGGGUCUCAUCAACAACAGGAACACAUCAGUGACAGGUACACAUCAAUAAGAGGGUCUCAUCAACAACAGGAACACAUCAGUAACAGGUACACAUCAAUAAGAGGGUCUCAUCAACAACAAGAACACAUCAGUAACAGGUACACAUCAAUAAGAGGGUCUCAUCAACAACAAGAACACAUCAGUAACAGGUACACAUCAAUAAGAGGGUCUCAUCAACAACAGGAACACAUCAGUGACAGGUACACAUCAAUAAGAGGGUCUCAUCAACAACAAGAACACAUCAGUAACAGGUACACAUCAAUAAGAGGGUCUCAUCAACAACAGGAACACAUCAGUGACAGGUACACAUCAAUAAGAGGGUCUCAUCAACAACAAGAACACAUCAGUAACAGGUACACAUCAAUAAGAGGGUCUCAUCAACAACAGGAACACAUCAGUGACAGGUACACAUCAAUAAGAGGGUCUCAUCAACAACAGGAACACAUCAGUAACAGGUACACAUCAAUAAGAGGGUCUCAUCAACAACAGGAACACAUCAGUAACAGGUACACAUCAAUAAGAGGGUCUCAUCAACAACAGGAACACAUCAGUGACAGGUACACAUCAAUAAGAGGGUCUCAUCAACAACAGGAACACAUCAGUAACAGGUACACAUCAAUAAGAGGGUCUCAUCAACAACAGGAACACAUCAGUGACAGGUACACAUCAAUAAGAGGGUCUCGUCAACAACAGGGAUAA